GAGAAAUUUCAUGAUAGUAAACUUAUUUCGCUUACCUUUUAUUGUUGCGAGAUGUUACGCCCGUUUUUCAAGCCUUUCAGGCUUUCAGCCGUCCUGGCGAAUAUUUUGUUAUGGCAACACUGGCAUCCAGUCCAUCAAGGAAGUGCAGAGGCUACUCGCCAAAAAUAAUACAUUUUCGUUAUUUUUAUUUUAUACAAAUCUAAUUAUUUGUUAUAAAUGUAGUAUCCAACGUUACUUAGCUAGUCAACUAAGUUUCGCACAAUGUUUAAAAUUGAAAGUGAAAUUGUGUUUGACAGAAGAAAAACUAGGCAGGUGUGACAGCAAGAAUACCGCAUAGAGGAUUUCAAGGGGAAAAAAUAUAGAAUCUGACCCAAUUUGGUUUUUUAAUGCUGAAUAUGGGUAAAAGUGAGCUAAGCUUGGAUUCGGCGAGUGUUUCGGUCGGGAGCGCCUUGUCAAAUCGUCGUCAUAACAUUUGACCCAGUUAGUGGUUGUGCGUUGACCUAUGCCAUGGAACUGUAUGCGGACUGAGGCACGAUGUUAUUUUUAGGAUACAGCUUUGCAGAUAAUUAAAUAUUUAUAGAUGCUGUUCGCGAUACUAGAUCGGAAAACAGAUAACAAACGAAAGUUUCCUUGACCUUUUCCUCUGCAGAAUGGUGAAGAAUGUACACAUAAUGGGAUAGCUAUAAGAAACUCCUGGAAAGAAAUACCAUAUGAUGCACAUAGAAAGAAGAUGACUUCCUCUCAAGGGAUCAAUUUACUCAUAGCACUAUUUACAUACACACACCGCGCAAUUCUUUGACUGUAAAAUGAAGAUACAAUUCUAAAUUCGAAAAGUCAUAUCAAAUCCAAAAGUUAUAACUGUACUUACAAUGGUUACUUAGGUUACUUACAGUGGUUACUGGUGUAGGGUUUGUAGCUCGCCUGGGCUGGUAUAGGGCCAAGUGCCCCCACGUGGACACGCAGGAGUUAUGAAGAAGCAAAAUGUUCGAACUCUAUCGUUGAUUGUGUGUACAUUCACAUAUUUGUUGGUUGGUGCGGCGGUUUUUGACGCUCUCGAGUCUACUACGGAGAGGAACAGAUUUGAAGUUUUACAAGCAAUCGAAGGCAUGAUAAUCCGGAAGUACAACAUAACGGAGGAGGACUUCCGCGUGAUGGAGACGGUGGUGCUGAAAUCGGAGCCGCACAAGGCCGGCCAGCAGUGGAAGUUCACCGGCGCCUUCUAUUACGCCACCACCGUGCUUACUACCAUAGGCUACGGGCACUCGACGCCCUCAACGGUGGGCGGCAAGUUGUUCACGAUGUUCUACGCCAUCGUCGGCAUCCCCCUCGGCCUCAUCAUGUUCCAGAGCAUCGGUGAACGGGUAAACAGGCUUAGCAGCGUCAUAAUAAAGUCCCUGAAACACGCCAUGAACUGCAAAGCCACCAGCGCGUCUGAGGUGGACCUCAUAUGUGUGGUGACGACUUUAUCAUCGCUCACAAUCGCUGGUGGAGCCGCGGCGUUCUCCAAGUUUGAGGGUUGGAGCUACUUCGACAGCGUCUACUAUUGCUUCAUCACGCUUACCACUAUCGGUUUCGGUGACAUGGUAGCCCUACAAAAGGACAACGCGCUCAACCGCAAGCCCUCGUACGUGAUGUUCGCGCUCAUCUUCAUCUUGUUCGGACUAGCCAUAGUGGCCGCCUGUCUAAACUUGUUGGUGCUGCGGUUCGUCACCAUGAACACUGAGGAUGAGAAACGAGACCAGGCGCAAGCGGAACAGGCACAGCAAGUGGCAGUGCGACUGGAAGGCGACGUGAUCACGGCCGACGGGGCAGUCCUGCGCGGAGUCGCGCGCGGCACACGCCUGCCGGCCCCCGGGCAAGGCGACACGUCGAUGAUGCCACUGUACGUCGACGACGAGUACCCGCCGAGCGUGUGCAGCUGCUCAUGCAACUGCUUUGGACCUAACAAAUCGAUGCUCUACCGGGACCCGUUGUCUCCGGUGCCGCCAACCAACAUGAAGCAAAUCAAAACCAAGAGCUACCGCGAGCUCGGCAACCUGCCGCGCUACAUAGAGAAGGCCUCCUCCAAGAACCGCAGCCAGUCGCUGCGGCUCAACUCCGCCUCCGGCUAUCUAUACAUGAACGCCAAGACCAACAGCUUCCAACUUGAACCCGACGACUUCAGGGAAAUUGUCGCCAAACGCAGAGAACAACUCCGCAAAGGCAUGAUGAUGUACGAAAUGAGCUGCAACAACAACGAACAGUAUCUCCAUCCGUACAGACAUAGCACUAGCACUAGAGUCGAGACCAGCCCGCACAGCUCCUCGCUGUACUCCAUGAACAUGAGAUCUGACAACCGAAGCAAUGAUCCGCUUGUCGAUGACUAUGAUUCAGAGAAAUCUAGCUAUGCCCGGAAGAAAUUAUUAAAGAACAUAGCGAGGAACACUUACAAACAGGAGAAUUACUUCUAUGAUGAUGCGGUGUUACAUUUCGAUGAUGAAUAUGCUUUCGAUGGCUCGAUACUGUUUGCUAAGCGGAGAAAAUCAGUAGAUAGAAACUGGGAUUUUGCCAUGCCGAAGCAAGAUCCGGACCAAAUAUCCAAUGAGAGCUUCGGGUACUAUCUACCCGACGAUGAAGACUUAGAGCAGUACUAUGCUAAUGACACUCUAACGUUCAACCUGCCACCCCAUCGUGCGAGCAUUUAGUGAUGUGCAAAACAGUUGUGCCAAAGAUAGGUUAGUGUUAGUUCCAAACUAAAAAUGGGCCAAUUAAUACUACGGUUAAAGUAGACUUUUACAAUUUUGCGGUAGAAUUUGAACGUUAUAGCUUUUACACAUAGUGUGUAGUCGCGUUUUUUAUUCAUGUUCUAUGGAUUGAGCUUGGCUUCCUGUAGAUAUUGUACAGUGUUUCAACGGCUUCUUAGUGUGCGUGGAGAACGAGCGCCGGCCUCUCAGUCUGGCAAGUACCUACUGUUUUUUUUUUAAAUUAUUAACCAUUGACUGGAUGUAACGGCUUCCUUGUUUGAAUGUUAAAAAUAAGGAAGUUCUCUCUUAAUCGCGUAAUCUCUUUGCCAAAACAUAUAAUCAUUAUACAACAUUAACUGGUUGUCUUCCAUAAAAGCCAAAGUAAUCAAUACAUCUUUAUCUUUUAAAUAAUUAUAGAGUGUGAUUUGUUUUCAUACUAUCCUUUAGUAGUUGUUAUGGAUCUGAUCAAAUUGUUGUUUGAAAAUUACAUUUUAUUAUUCUCUAAUAUAGAAAGUCAGUGAAAAUAUGUCAGACCAGUAGAACCAAGUGCCAAAGUUACUUGUUAUUUAUGAAAAGUCAACAAACAAUUGUUACAAAACAAUAUAACAAAUUUAUUAAUGGCCUAAAGUCCAUUACAAAUUUAUUAAUGGCCUAGCCAUUGAAAUGAACCAGCUGAUUGGCGAAAUAUUGUUUCAAAAACAUAUUAUAUACAUUAUAAUAAUAAUAUGGGUUAAUCAACCUUUUAUCACUCCUGUCUGUCACCAGGCUGUAUCUCAUGAACCGUGCUAGCUAGACAGUUGAAAUUUCUCACAGAUAAUGUAUUUCUGUUGCCGCUAUAGCUUAAAUAAAUAUUCAAGUGGGGCUCCCAUACCACAAACGUGAUUUUUUUUGCCGUUUUUUUGCGUAAUGGUACUCUUCGUGCGCGAGUCCGACUCGCACUUAGCUGGUUUUUUUCUAACAAACUGUGCUACUCUAAAAACCACAUAAAUUUUUAUUUUAUUAUGUUUUUAGUAUUUAUUGUUAUAGCGGCAACAGAAUUACAUUAUCUGUGAAAAAUUCAACUGUCUAACUGUCACGGUUCAUGAGAUACACCCUGGUGACAGACGGACGGACAGCGGAGUCUUAGUAAUAGGGUCCCGUUUUUACCCUUUGGGUACGGAACCCUAAACAGUUGAUCCACCCAUACACACUAAAGCUUUGUUAUGUGAGUGAGGUGACACUGCUCCUUUCGGGCAUUUCAUUUCAUAGUGCCAUACAUUAGAAAGGGACAACAUAAUUCGUCCCUGAAUUUCGGUUUUGUAGGAAGUGUCCUUUCUGUACCUACUAUUAUUUAUUCUGUGGAUGUUAUGUUGGACAAAAGUCUUAAAACUAAACUGUGUACAAAUAAAACGCAGAAACAAUUCAAUGACAUGAUGUCAUAGAGGUAUUAUUUUAAUAAGUGCUGUAAAGUUUUCAAAAAGUUGGAAAAACUCUCUGAAAUUUCAGGAAAAUUUCACAUUUCAUUUUGGAAAUGGAAAGAUUUAAAUUGGAAAGAUUAAAGAGAAAGAUAAUAUGUGAAGUUUCCGGAAAUUUUGCAUACGUGGAAACUUUCCGACGGCUCAUUCAACAUUGAACUGGCAUUAACUGCAAUUGACGGAAAUUCACUUUAAGCUUUUUUUACAUUUUGAGGAGAGGGCCGGCCCUAGUUAUUGAUGUAGGUAGCGCUUUCAUAUGUUAAAGCGAUUAGCUUUGAUAGGUCCCAAUCCAAAUAAAUUCCAAUUGGUCCCCUCUAUAGACUGGUCUUGACAAUUUUCUAUGUUUAUUCUCUUCAAUUUUGAAGUGAAAAUCGUUGUAAAUAGGUACUGUCAGCCUUCCCUAUUCACCCCAGUUGACGGUAGCUAAAGAAAGGACGCUUAGCUCGAUAAAUUUCGUGCAUUCACCCGCCUGUUCCUAUCUCUAUCCCUGGCGUGUAAUUAUAUGGCUAUCCCGCUCGCACAGGGUCCUUGACCGCCGGCAUCAUGUACGGGACUGGAAUAUAACUUUAUUACGCGCGUUGGAUAGAGAUAGGAACAGGUGGGUCAAUGUAGAAAAUUUCUCAUGCCAAUCGUCCUUUCUUUAGUUUGUUUUUGAAAUAUUGUGUAAUAUGUAUGUAGCAACCUUGCCAUAGAAUUCCCUGACUCCCUUUAGAUAGAUUUUUUUAAUAUAUAAAAUAAUAUUACACGAUAUUUCAAACAUUCGAAACUAAUCACAAGAUUAUUAACUCAAAAACAUCAUAAAUAUAUAUUAGAUAGGCAUUUCAUGUUAAAUACUAGUCUAUUGAGGGUGCCAAAUCAAGAGUUGUGAAAAAGACCACUUGUUUAGUGUAACGCAUCAGUGAUUGCGAAUAUAGUGAGGUACACCUUCCUCUUUAUCCAGAAUAAAUUAAAAUUUUAUCAUUUUUAUGUUCUACAAAGUUUAGAAAUAAAUGAAAAGUGGAUAGGGGUCGCGGUUCUCUGUAAUCCUUUUACGGUAGAUGUCGCUAGGCGCCUCCCUAAGGCGUACAUGAGUAAUAUAGUGGAAAUAUUGGCUGUCAUCAAGUGAAGUCUCGGUAGCUCAGUUGGCAGAGCGAUGGGCUAGUGAUACAGAGUCGCUGGUUCGAAUAGUAAAUUUUUCAGGAUUUCAUUUAUUUCUAAAUUUUGUGGUAUCGUUCAACGUUUCUGCGUAAAUCAAAAAUAAUUUUAUUUUCUUCUAUAUGAUGAAUAUCUAUGUGAAUAUCUCGUACCAUCCUCAUUUUAGCACAAAAUGAUAGAGGCAGUGUACCUCACUUUCAGAUAAAGUGCAUGCGGGUGCUUAGUGAUGCCAAUUUGAACUGAAUAUUAUACAUAUAAGUAAUGCCGGCAGACACUAAAAUAUGUAAUAUUUAUUUGGUUCAUAAUGAUAUGAAUUGUUUUGAAUCACUAUGUCAGCUGUAGAUUACAGUUGCGCUUAAGUACGUACGUACGUACGUCACUAAAUCUUUAAGGUGCAAUUCCAAUUCCAAGCGCAAGCGGUCUUAGCACAUUCCGCCGCAAUCUAAAAUAAAUUAGAAGUGCCGCUUGGUCGCGACACUUUUCCAUUUACUUCAAAGAAGCCUAUGCCAUUAAGGUUAAUGUGGAGAAGACCGGCAUACACAAUUUUUUAAUGGGAAGACCGUCAUAGGGCAAGAACUCUCGUAUUUUAAUUCGUAGUUCGCUCAGACACAGUCAGAAAAGAAGAGCUUCGGUCCUUCUGCUCUACCGACCUUCUGUAAGUGCGGUAUGUGUACAAACGCAAGAGUAAGAAGCGACGAAAGAGUUUGUGACGUUUGGCGUCGCAUGACAUGACAUGAUUGGGGUAGACUGCAGAGUCAAGAAGAAGAAAACUACCCAGAGUAAAUUUUACAAAAAUAUAUUGAAGAUAAAAACCUAACUAAAAGAAAUGUGACGGAUUGUCACUUGGUCGCAAUAUCAUAGAAUCUAGGAAAACAGCUUCUGGUUGGUGGGAUCGAGUGUUAUGGGCAUUUUAAAUAAUAAAUCACAUCACGUUUUAUUACGUAUUUACAUAAUUAAAAUAUAGUCACAUCAUGUAGGAUAUGUGUGCUCGGCAGCGGUCAAAGCGAAAGAGAGAGAGCAUAGAAAUAGAUAAUACAGAUCUACUUGUUAUGUAGUUUGUCAUAGACAAUACAGCUUGCGUGUAUUACUUAAGGGCUAUACAGACAUUCUAACAAGAAUAACAGGUGGUCGUCUUCAGCUAAGCUGGAAUUCCGGUAAAAUGGCCAUUUCAAGAAAAAUCCAAUUUUGUGCAAGUGACUGCGACAUCCGGAUUUUAGGUAAAAAUAAUGUGCCAAUAAGAAAGUAGGCUGGUUUAGUGAACCCCAAAGCAUUAAAUGGUGAUCAAUGAUGUAGCAGUCACAAGCAGAAUAAUUAUUAUUUUUUAAACAAAGAAGAAAGUGAAGUUAAAUUUACUAAAUGUACACGGUCUUACCUGAUGGACGGUCUUCUUACGGUUUAAUUUGGAGUGCUAGCGGAACGUCGUGCUUGCAGUCGGAAUUAGAAUUAUACCCUAAUUUCAAAUGGUAGUUGCUAUAGCAACCGUGUGCAUAUACCUCUAGUUGUAAAUCUUACAUGUAAUGCAUAAACCCAGCGCACUCUGAGUUAUGUUAACUCAUUGCUUAGAUAAGGUUCAACCAACACAUAGCAUUGUUAAAAUUUCCAAAUCAUUUUAAUACUAAACAGUCAAACUGACAGAAUUAAUUAUUAUAUGCGGAUAAUUAACCUAAUUUUAAAUAUUUAAAUAUCGCCUUCAGGGCCUUUAAACUAUGAAAUAUAAACUACAUAUGUAGUAUCUAGUCAAACUAUGUUUUAAUUUACUGAAACUGGGAUUGUUGUAGUUUCAAAAACGUUUCGAAAUUUUAUUGAGUGUUAAUUUUGUUUCUUACUCGGACCAGAAGUUGCAAGGAGCUAACAUUUUAUGAAUCUCAAUUAUUGUUCAGAUCUCAUACAAAAUGAUACUUAGCUGCCCAAAGGCAGCCCAAAUGUGUCAUGACCAAAUAGGCCAAAUUGAUCUGUAGAAUUAACUGAGACCUGAGACUCUGUUAGUCUGUCUAAGCUAACUUGGCAUCGAUUCGAAUAGACCAAAGUGAAAGUGUCAUUGUAAAUUGUAAACGUCACAUUUUCACAUUAAUGAUGUCAUGGCCACACUUUGUCACUGCAAAUGCCAUGCAGAGUAAGCAUAGUCCGAGUCUAUGUACCAUGAGAUCCGGUCUGAUUAAACUAUUUAUUCGAAACUGUUAUAGAUUUUAAAUCUUGCAAAUAUUAAUAAAGUGAUAUUAAAAAUAAUUAUUUAAGAAGCUUAUUAGGUUUAUUCGCACCUGUGAAAGACAUUCAUUUGUGUAAGUUAAAUAAGUGAAAUCAAGAUUACCGUAAGCAGAUAACAAUCAAACCACAAAUAUAUAGGUAUAAAUAUUUUAGUACAUUUUUCCACAAAUUGACUAAGCCCCACGGUAAGCUCAAGAAGGCUUGUGUUGUGGGUUAUGAGUACUCUGACAAUGAUAUAUAUAAAUACUUAAAUACAUAGAAAACAACCACAUUAUAAUAAAAUUAUCUUCAGUUUAUUUUAACUGUCACUGUUGGUUACAUUUUAAAAACUGUUAAUUAUAUACUUGCUUGAAAAUUUUCAAGGAGCUUAUAGGGAUAUACAUAUAUGCAUUCUUACUGCCAAGUUUGUGCAACGUUAGCGUGGUCAGAGUCUAAGUGCCGGUUGCACCAUCCGCACUUGACAGACUGAUUAACGUCAACCGGCGCGCCGCGGCGGUUUACUAUGAAACUUUCCAUACAAUAAAAUUUAGCGAACUCUUUAACGAUGACAAACAGUUUGGUGCAACCGACCCUAAAUAAUAUCUUCCUGCCUCACCACACAGUUGUAUAGCUCCACCCUCGAACGUUCAAAAACCGCCUAGUUUUCGAUGCACUCUUGAAACUAAACAAGGCGGUUUUAUCUUUUGACUUUUACUCUUUAAGUUUUUAAUUUUUAGGUUUAGUUUAUAGGAUUUUAAAUAUUUGAGAUAUUUAAGUAGUUUAGAUGAAUAAGUUUAAUGGUUUGGUCGUUAUCUGCUUAUUGAAAUUAAAAAGUAACUUGGCUGAAUGACUUCCAACUUUGAGUUGCAUCAGUAUUAAUUGUUCUGUGAUUCUCAUAUCGUGGUGCGGGAUAAGGUGACAGCUGCAAAGAAAAUUAACGAUUAUAACAGGUAAUUAGAUGUGCCCCGAGGCUUCGGACUUGAUUCUUAAUUAAUUUUGUAUUAAGCAGGAGCUUAGAAAAAAAAGUUAAAAAAUUCUCUGUCUCGGGCGAGGCUCGAAAUCGUGACACUAUAGGUAUCACUAGCCCAUGACUUUGUCAACUUUGCUACCGAGAGUUCUCCCGAGGAUAGCGAAUAUUUCCAUUUUUCACCAUAUACGCCUUUUUAGGCGCCCUAGCGACAUCUGUCGUAGGAGUGUUACACUCCUUAAACGGCUACCGUGGUCCCCAAAAAUGAAGUCCUUGUCGAUCCAUAGAGUCUAAUUUUUGUUUGCAGCUCGGAACCUCUAAAAAUCCCCACCACUAUUGCGUGCAUCUUGUCUUGCAUAUAGAUAGAAAAUAAAUGUCUGCCACGUUCAGUCCGCGCGUACAGUGAUCAACAAAAGUAGACUGAGACCCUGUAAAUAUUAAAUCUAAGUAUAAUAGUUUAACAAAUAUUAAUUCAGAUUAUAUUAAAUCGUGCGCCAUGUGAAUGUGAUGAUACUUAAUACUUUUGUUGUUGACUGUCCGUAUGUAUAGGGCUUUGGCUGAAUUGUUUUCUAGACCAGUCAAUGAAGUUCCAGCGAUAAUUCUAGACCUAAUAAUAUUAUAAUAAAACUGCCGAGUGUGCGUAAAAUUAAUUCAAGGUAAAAGGGUAUAUUUAAAUGGUGUUGUAAUGCGAAAUAUUACGGGAUGGAAUUAUCGUGUGUAUAAUAAAUACUUCAUUGAUUAAGGUGUUCUAGAUUUUCUUUAAGGCUUAGCAAAUUGUAAAUUUUAUUAUAAUAUUGUUUUAUAAUCUGUGGUCAUUAUAUUAUGUAUAUAAUUUGCAUUUAUCUAUGAUUGUUAUGUUCAAAUGAGUUUUAUUUCGUGUCGAAUUUAAACUGUUGUGAGACAUACUAAUAUUAAAUCAUUUUACGGUUUAGACUCACUUGUUUUUUAGUCACUCGCGCGACAUGUUUUGGAGAACCUAGGUCUCCUUUCUCAAGCACUAAUAGUGCGAGCAGCGUUCACGACGACCGUGUGUUGCGUACUGCCGCUGCUGUUGUGCUGUGUGCUGUUGGUUUUAUUUCGUGUGUUUCGUACUCUGGUUUGUAUACACAAAUGCAAAUCUUUGUACUGUACUGGAGAUAAAACAAGAACAUAACAGUUACUAAAACAUGACAAAGUACAUUAUAAAGGCAAACUAAUCGUCAAGAUCGCUGGAAACAAGUAAAAAGUAUCAAAUUAGUAAUUUGAAAUUACAGGAAGAAAAAGGGAUUAUUAUAUUCUAAUAUUGACAAAUACCUACCUGUAAGAAAAAUAGGUCCCUUUGUUUAGUGAUAUUGGGACUCAACAUAUAUAAAUGCAUAUUAUGUACAGUGUAAUGACCUCUCUGUUAUCGAUUGUAAGAAUUUUGACUGAUAUUAUAUUAAAUAUGUCGGGCAUCUCUGAGUUGUGAUUUCUUGAAUUUGUGGCUAGAUUGUUAGUAUUUCUGGUUGGUAAAUGAAAAACUGUUUAUUUAAUAAUGCUCUGUUGCACAAACAUUCAUUAGAACUAAGACGCGUUAUAUAUAAAUGUAAAAUAUAUUGUGGGGGCAUUCCAUAAAGAGGUCUACUUUGUCAGGGACGUGACGCGUAUGGCAGCUACCUUAAGAACCUGCAGAAAUCUGUAUUAUAUUUUAUACCAUUAAAUUUAAGGCUAAGUUAUCACACGUUAUCGUGCCAAAUAUCGUCCCCUUAUCUUUAUCAAAAGUGUUAAAAAUAGCGUCUUGAACCCGAGACUUUUCUGGAUUAGAACUAACCUACUCGUUGGAUGUCACUUUACUAAAAAAAACCGGACAAGUGCGAAUCGGACUCGCCCACCGAGGGUUCCGUACUUUUUAGUAUUUGUUGUUAUAGCGGCAACAGAAAUACAUCAUCUGUGAACAUUUCAACUCUAGCUAUCACGGUUCAUGAGAUACAGCCUGGGGACAGACAGGACAGCGGAGUCUUAGUAAUAGGGUCCCGCUUUAACCCUUUAGGUACGGAACCUUACAAAUUAAGUGAUAAAUCAACUUGAAUAUACUCACACUGCUUUCUUGGGGGUAGUAUCAGACCUGGAGAUUUGCUGGGUUAAAACUAAGGGAUGGGACGAUGGGCCUUAGGAGGAUAAGCUAGCAAUAACUACAACAAAUUCUCUUACACCUUCCACCAGUUACCUAGUGGCCCCUAUGUGACACCCCUGAAGUCGUAAUAAGCGUAGUUACCCUACGUGAUUUAAAACCGUAAUUACCCAAAUUUAAUUUUAAUGAACAUUUGUGCAACUGACACGAUCUAGCCACUAGAUUGGAAUAUCAGUCACUAUAACUUGUGUAUAAAAUUAAUUUAAUUCCUAGUCAUUUUUAUCUGAAAUCAAUAAUUUCGGAAAUACGUGCCAAUUCAUUAUGUAAAUUAAACCAUCGUCUGGUACAGCCAAGAUCAAAGAUAUCGAUGCUGUCACGGUGCCGGAAAAUAUGUACACACAACCAAUGUCUUGAACAUUAUUGUUUAGAGGGACUCAUGAAAAAACUUAACACCUACACAACAACAGAGGAGAGUCUUUUCAAAAGGGCUUGAAAUGAAAUGAAAUCAUUUAUUGUCAGUCCACAGGUAGGAAUAUAAAAGAUGUUAAUGGUGAUAAUUCAAGUCCUUUUCCGCAGUCUACCACAUUUACGGUGUACAAUAUUUAGUAUCAUGCACAACAUGCAGGCUAGUUACUUACUUACUCCGUUGGCUCAGCGACCCAAAAUGGGACUUGGCCUCCGACACAAGACAGCGCCACUUUUCUCGAUCCUGUGCGACCUCUCGCCAAUUGGUGACUCGAAGCUCGCGCAGAUCCGCCUCCACCCUGUCGCACCAGCGAUACCUGGGGCGUCCAUUAGGACGUCUUCUUGCUGGGCGGACCAGGUAUGCUCUUUUCACGUUCCAAUCCUCAUCCAUUCUCUCAAGAUGGCCCAACCAACGGAGUCUGUGAGUCUCCCAUGAUGUUAGGUUCAGCCACUAGGUCUUCAAUCUCAUGGUUCCUAAAGGACUGUCCAGCUUCCAAAAUAAGACCAGGCUAGUUAUUUACAUAUAAAUUUGUUUCUCUAUAAACACCAUACAAAAAUAAGCCCUUUUGAAAAGACACCUCAACUAUAGUUUGGCCAUGGACUGUCUCAUUUCCAACAUAUACAGGGAAAAUCCUACUAUCUUUUUCUUACGCUAGUACUAGCAGACUAGCACCCAAAAGAAACGGAUGAGUAUAGUUUUCUUUUUUCUUAUUUACUGACAAGUUUGGUUUCCCAGACUAUAUUUCCAAUUAAAAUGUUCUUACAAUAAUCGAGUGAAGGAAAUUAGGAUGGCAAUCUUGGAAUUAUCUUUCUAAGGUUUUUUUUUUACAUAUUUUUGGCAUUUUGUUCGCUUAUAUAUUUUUGAUCUUGACUGUAAAUGAUGUAUUUAGGUAUGUAUAAUAAUAUACACUGUUACAAUCGAAGUGUGAACGCUAUAGUUAACGUCUGAAUUAAUGUAAUUUAAAUGAGAUUGUACCAUAAAUCGAAUUUCAUUAAAAAAUACGGACUA